AUGGGUACCGGCAAGAAGGAAGCCGCCCGCAAGACCCGUCAGGGCAAGGUUGGCGAUGGCAUGGCCAACGUCAAGGUCAAGGGCGAGAACUUCUACAGAGAUGCCAAGAAGGUCAAGAAGCUCAACGUCCUUACCAAAGGAACCGCUCAGCGCAAUGCCGCUGGUGAGAUCACCAAAGCCGCUGUCUUCCAGUCGCGCGAGAGGCCCUCGGCUCGUAUCGAGCCAAACCGCAAGUGGUUCACCAACACCCGUGUCAUUUCUCAAGACGCUCUCUCUGCCUUCCGUGGCGCCGUACAGGCUCAGCAGAAUGAUCCUUACUCUUACCUGCUCAAGCAGAACAAAUUGCCCAUGAGCUUGAUUAAGGAUGACGAGACCAAGAAGAACGGCUUGAAGCAGCACCAGGCGAAAAUCGCCGUCGAAACCGCCCCUUUCUCAGACACUUUCGGUCCCAAGGCCCAGCGCAAACGCCCAAAGCUUGCUGUCAGCUCUCUUGUCGACCUCGCUGGCGAGUCGGACAAAAUGCACGAGACUUACCUUGAUCGCCUCGAGCAGGCUCGUCUUGCUAGUGGACAAGCUACCGACGAUGGCCAAGACACCGAAGCUGAUGGUGCUCUGACUGCUGCCAGAGAAGCCAUCUUCUCAAAAGGCCAGAGCAAGCGUAUCUGGAACGAGCUCUACAAGGUCAUCGACUCCAGUGAUGUUGUCAUUCAUGUUCUGGACGCCAGAGAUCCUCUUGGUACUCGUUGUCGAAGCGUCGAAAAGUACAUUCGCGAAGAAGCUCCUCAUAAGCAUCUUCUCUUUGUUCUCAACAAAUGCGAUCUGAUUCCCACAAGUGUUGCUCUUCAGGCCAACUGGGUCCGCCUUCUCGGCAAGGAGUAUCCUACUCUUGCUUUCCACGCCUCCAUCAACAACUCAUUCGGCAAAGGCUCUUUGAUCUCACUUCUCCGCCAGUUCUCUGCUCUGCAUUCUUCGCGCAAGCAGAUUUCGGUCGGUUUCAUUGGAUACCCCAACACUGGCAAGUCCUCCAUCAUCAACACCCUCCGCAAGAAGAAGGUGUGCAACGUUGCCCCUAUUCCUGGCGAGACCAAGGUCUGGCAAUACAUUACCUUGAUGAAGCGUAUCUACCUCAUCGAUUGUCCCGGUGUCGUUCCUCCGAACAUGGGAGAUACAGAUGAAGACAUCCUCUUGCGUGGUGUCGUUCGUAUCGAGAACGUUGAGAACCCUGAACAGUAUGUUGCUGCCGCACUCAAAAAGUGCAAAAGACACCACAUUGAGAGAACGUACGACGUACGUGACUGGGAGACACAUACCGAAUUCCUCGAGCUUCUCGCUCGCAAGGGUGGUAAGCUGCUGAAGGGUGGUGAAGCCGAUAUGGACAGUGUUGCCAAGAUGGUUCUCAACGACUUCCUUCGUGGCAAGAUUCCUUGGUUCACUCCACCACCAGCCUCUGCAGCCGCUUGGGCCGCCGCUGAAGAGGCAAAGGCUGAGAUUCAGACCGAAGUCAUCAAGAAGAGAAAGCGCGCAGUCACUGAUGAGGAUGGAGAGCCCGAAGAAGAAGAAGAAGAAGGAGGCUCUAUCGACGACGAAGAGGAAGAAGACGACUUUGCAAGCUUCACAAGCGACGAGGAAGACGAGGAAGCUGCCGGUGAGGGUGUCGCAAUUGAAGCAACCGAGGAGGGUUGA